CACCGCGUCACGCCAGACAGCAGAGCGGAGCUCAGUUCCCAUCUUCCUCCGCCGUAGAGGGCGCUGUGCUCGGCGCUCGCUUGCUCAGGCCUGCGAGGCCGUCGGCUGAGGGGGUGGUGUCGAGGGCGAUGUUCGUUGCUGUUGCCGUUGCCGCCGCCGGCUGAGCCCUCCGCUCCGCGGCCGUGAGCACGGCGCCGGGCAUGGGCCUGGGAUCGAGCUCCGAGGUUCCCGAUGGCGGCGCCGAGGGCUUCCAUGUGCACGGGGUUCAAGAAAACUCCCCAGCUCAACAAGGAGGACUGGAACCUUUCUUUGAUUUCAUAAUUGCCAUAGGACACACUAGGCUUAAUAAGGAAAACAAUAUGCUGAAAGAUCUCCUGAAGGCAAAUGCUGAAAAAGCAGUGAAGCUGGAGGUGUAUAAUAUCAAAACAAUGAAAAUGAGAGAGGUGGAGGUGAUCCCCAGUAACAUGUGGGGAGGACAAGGUCUUCUUGGAGCCAGUGUGAGGUUCUGCAGUUUCCAGGGAGCCAAUGAACAUGUGUGGCAUGUUUUGGAUGUUGAACCUGCAUCUCCUGCAGCUCUAGCUGGUCUACAGCCAUACACUGACUACGUUGUGGGAUCUGAUCAGAUUCUUCAGGAGUCGGAGGAUUUCUUUUCCCUGAUUGAAUCCCAUGAGGGAAAGCCGCUGAAGCUGAUGGUUUAUAACACUGAAGCAGAUUCCAUUCGAGAGGUAGUUGUGACUCCCAAUGGAGCUUGGGGUGGAGAAGGAAGUUUAGGAUGUGGUAUUGGAUAUGGCUACUUGCACAGAAUUCCAACACAGUCUACAAUAGCCAAGAAAAAGCCAGAAAGCAAACCACCUUCACCCUUGCCAGAAGCUGGAGCUCCUGUAGCAUCUACUGACGGCUACACAGAGACUCCUUUAUUGGCACCUACUUCUCAGAGUGACAACUGUGAAGUACUUACGAACUUGGAUCAUUCUGCAGAUCAAGAAAUGAGUAGUUAUUCACCAGAAAGCUCACUUUCUCCUCCUCCCCCUCUCCAGAGAGUUAUGGAUCCAGGAUUUCUAGAUAUGUCUGAUUCAUUUCCUGAACUCGCGAACUUAAAAGUGUCCGACAUGUCUUCAUCUGCCUCCUUUAACACACCAGCAGCAGAUGCUUUAGUAGGCACUGAGAAGUUAAUGUCAGACAAUGACACUUCUGCUUGUUUUGAAAAUGCCACAGCUUUGGACCCUGAAGACACAACCAUGUGUUCUGAAGGCUCAGUCAAGCAGCCCGAGUUGGAUGAGCUGCUGUCUUCAGUUCCAUCGUUACCUUCUUUAGCUCUUCCUCAUGAAAUCUCUUCAAACACAACAGCAGAAACUGGUUCCUUUGAAGAUGCAGUUAUACGGUUCCACGACAGUAUUAAGAAUUCCUUAACUACUACACCGGUGUAACCAGAUGAUGAAGCAGCAUGUGAACAGAAAGAAGCAUACCAGAUGACAGGUGAAGUGGAUGCUGGUUUUGUUUACAGACUGCCAUGUGCUGUAACACUACAGCUUGGAGUAUUUUUCUGAUCCUGAAAAAAUUACAGUCAUUCUAUUUUGUUAACGUAUUAUGAAAGAAAUCAUAUGAAGUACGUAUCCUGUUAUCUCUUCCAAUUAUUUUUUAAUGGAUUGAUCUGUCUUCAAAUUUUGGAACUCUGUCCAAAAAUAAUCAAAUUAAUGGAGAAAUUAAUGCAGAAACAAGUUGGAGACUGGCAAAAAGUCAAGUUCCUGAAGUCACAUUUGCCUGCACGUGCCUGAACAGUGACAAUUGAUGAUUUUCUCAGUAUGAUUGAUGGCAUUAAAAAUAUUGAUGGUUUUGACUUGCAAGAAAGAUUUUUCUAAUGGUACACCUCACUGGGACAGCUCUGGUGCCUUUCAAGGCAUUUCCUACCCUGGGAUUCCUACUUAUUAGUCUGCAAACUGUUACUUUCCUUGUUUAAGAGUCCCUUUGCUGUAGCAGUUAUUUGUGUACCAUCUCUACAAUACCUUUGCAGGAAAGGAUGCACUGUGUGGUUUGCAGUUGCAGCAUAUAGAGAGGACAGAAUCAUGGUUGAUGGGGCCUGUCCUUCACUUCAGCUCUUCAUAGAUCAUGUGUUUGGUCUCACAGUUAAAAAGAAAAGGUGGGGGGAAGCAUCAUGGUUCUUUGAAACAAACUGAAGUGAAAAACGUGGUUGUCUGUGUUUUCAGGGUGAUUAGCCUUUUCAUGAAUGUGUUGUGGUUUCUGUAGUGACAGAAAUAGCUUUUCUUUAGUUGUGCUUUUCUGUUCACCCAUUGCUAUUUUUAUACAAAUCGUUAAGUUGAAGACACAGGGAGGGAACACAUUCGUGCAACAACGUCUAUUGGGUCUAUUGGUUUUUAUAGCUGUUUUGUUUGCACUUUUCUCCAAAGAGCUUCUGAAUGUAAUAGCAAACACAAAAUGGAUGACAACAGAAAUCUGGGUGGGUUUAUACCCCUCAGGGGAGUGAUUCGUAAUGGAAUUUUAAAGUUGAUAGUUGGGAAUAACUUCACUAGAGCUGGUACAGUUAGUGUGGUGAAAAUCCUUCAUAAAUUAAGAGAAUGGGGUACGAGGUUAGGUGGGUGCUUAAGGUAGAUGUAAGUUGGAGUAUGCUUAUUUAGCACAAUAUUGUCCAAUUUCCUUUUCCCUACCCUGUGUCGCAAUCUGUUUCUACUGAGAUGAGGCAGGGAAGUGAGUGAUGAGGCUGAUGCCACUCCAUGACACAGGACAGUAAGCCUGUGUCCCAUGGGAUUACCUGGAACACCUCAGCUUAACCAAAGGCUUGUGUAGCACAAGAGCAAUCUUCAGGGGAGUCUGCCCUUACAUUAAAUCCAUCCUUUAUAUCUCCUCAUCUCUCUCAUUAGUUUGAAAUACUGUUUUCACUUGAAAUACAGUUGUUCUGAAAAGGAUGGUCAAAAUAUCUUUUUCUUUAAAGAAGAAUGUAUUAAGUCCUAACUUCUGGUAGGAGAAUGAAGACAUUUUAAACUCAAUAGUAAAAAGAUUAUUUUCAUUUUGCUAUAUUGCUAAGAUGAUUUUCCUCUUUUCUUUCCCCAACUGCCUGCUACAAGGGUGAACAGCCAAACACUAAAAAUAAAUGUGAUUGAAGCUA